CCCGCCGCUCUGUGCCGCCCCGCGCUCGUCUCGCUGGCCGCGCUGGGCGGGCCUGGCGGAGCCAUGGCGGCCGUGCGGGGCCUGCGGAUCUCGGUGAAGGCGGAGGCGAGCGCGACCGCGGCGGAGCCGCGCGGCGCCGAGCCCGAGCCCAUGGAGGUGGAAGAGGGAGAGCUGGAGACCAUCCCUGUGAGGCGCUCGCUGCGGGAGCUCAUCCCGGACACCAGUAGGAGAUACGAAAACAAAGCAGGAAGUUUCAUCACUGGCAUAGAUGUAACCUCCAAGGAAGCAAUUGAGAAGAAGGAGCAAAGAGCCAAACGCUUCCAUUUUCGGGCUGAGGUGAAUCUGGCCCAGAGGAACGUGGCCCUGGACCGGGACAUGAUGAAGAAAGCAAUCCCUAAAGUAAGACUGGACACCAUUUACAUUUGUGGAGUGGAUGAGAUGAGCACCCAGGACAUCUUUGCCUAUUUCAAAGAGUAUCCUCCUGCUCAUAUCGAGUGGCUGGAUGACACCUCAUGUAAUGUGGUCUGGCUUGAUGAAGUGACAGCAACACGGGCUCUAAUAAAUAUGAGUUCCCUGCCUGAUCAGGAGAAAACAAAGAGCAGAGAAAACAACAAGGAGAAGACAGCUGAAAAAACCAAGAAAGAAAAACAGGAGGAAAGCUCUGAUGAUGAGACAGAAGAAGGAGAGGUUGAGGAUGACAAUCCCAGUGAUGUGGAGUUGGAUGCCCUCUCCCAAGUAGAAGAGGAUUCCCUCCUGCGUAAUGACCUUCGCCCUGCCAAUAAACUGGCUAAAGGAAACAAGCUGUUCAUGAGAUUUGCUACUAAAGAUGACAAAAAGGAGCUGGGAGCUGCAAGGAGAAGCCAGUAUUACAUGAAAUAUGGCAAUCCAAAUUAUGGAGGCAUGAAAGGAAUUCUUAGCAAUUCUUGGAAGAGGAGGUACCAUUCCCGGAGGAUCCACCGGGAUGUGAUCAAGAAGAGGACUCUGAUUGGGGACGAUGUGGGCUUGACUCCCCCCUACAAACACCGGCACUCAGGCUUGGUAAAUGUUCCUGAAGAGCCCAUCGAGGAGGAGGAGGAGGAGGAGGAGGAUCAGGACAUGGAUGAAGAUGACCGGGUGGUGGUGGAGUACCGGGAUGAGCUGCAGGCUUUCAGGCAGUCGCGGGAGCGCAGCGCCGCCAGGAGAUCCAGCGCCAGCGCCUCCGACUCGGAUGAGAUGGACUAUGACCUGGAGCUCAAAAUGAUUUCCACCCCCUCGCCCAAAAAAAGCAUGAAGAUGACCAUGUAUGCAGAUGAGGUGGAGUCACAGCUGAAAAAUAUUAGGAAUUCCAUGCGAGCAGAUAGCAUAGCCACCAGCAACAUCAAAAACAGGAUUGGCAGCAAAGGAUCCUUGGAGAAAGUUGCAGACGUGAGGCUCCUGUUGGAAGAGAAACGUCAGAAUAACUCUGGGCCACGGCAGCCAAACAGCACUGUCAAAUCAGAUGUGAGGCAGAGACUGGGAAAAAGGCCACACUCUCCAGAAAUCAAAGCUCCAAGCAGUACCUCUGCUCCUCGUCGAGAACCAAUCUCAGAUGUGCACAGCAGGCUGGGAAUCCCCAAACAAGACGUGAAAGGCCUCUACUCUGACACCAGAGAGAAGAAAUCAGGUAAUUUAUGGACCAGAUUGGGGUCUGCUCCGAAGGCACAGGAAAAGACUCCAGAGAAAGCUGAAAACUCUGUGGCAUCUCCAGAGGAAGAUGACUCUGAGCUGCAGAGGGUUUGGGGUGCUCUCAUUAAGGAAAAAGAACAGUCCAGGCAAAAAAAGAGUCGCUUGGAUCAUUUACCCUCCCUACAAAUCGAGAUCAGCCGGGAAAGCAGCUCUGGCUCAGACUCUGAAUCAUGACUGGGUUCACAGCCUGACCCUCCAGGAGCUGCCUCUGCAGCCUGGCAGCAUCCCCUUGGCCCAAAAGCUGGACACUGGCAAAGACUCUGCAGUGAAGGUUCCAGAAGUGUCUCUGUUCCUUUUCUACAACGAGAGAGGCAUAAACCACUUGAAACCUGAAGCAAAGACGUUUGUCUGGAGUGUGUGGCUGGCCCUGUGCUCUGUAGGGCAUUGUCAUCUCUGUGUAUGACAGCAAACCUGUAGUGAAUUGUAGCAAAACAUUUUCUCCCCCGAGCUUUGAACUUAAAAGAUGAGGCAGAAAUGCUCUGUAUUUUUAAGGAGACCUUUUCUGUUCUUGAUGCUUUCAUCAUGGAGGCUUUUAACAAAAUGUUUUACACACCUCAUCCAAAGAACAGGGCAUUUAUUUCAUUAUCCAGAUCAUUGCCUUGCCCUUCUGGCUCUUACCAGCACCUUUCCUUUCCUCUUGAAGUAAUAACAAUGAAGCUUCCUGGGUGGGCAGCCAGCAAGGAUAAAGCAUGAAGGGAUUGAUUAUCACACUCCCUUCCUCCAACACACUGAAUGUAAAUCCAAGUUACACAUUUUAUUACAGUUAAAUUCCCUGUAGGUGUCCCAGUGGCACCACCAGAAUCCAAGGAAUCCUGCUCAUUCAUUUUGGUGAUGCCACGUUCUGCUGUAGCAGGGAUUAGGACGUUCAGGACUGCAAAGUUGGAUGUUUGACAAUUGUGUAAACCCCUGAGGGUUUGGGGGUUGUUUUUUUUUUGCUGUUGUUCCAUGAGGAGAGAUUAUAUUCCUGUCAUUCCACCUGGAUUAUGUCCUGAAGCAAUCCAAUAGCUGGAAAGCAUUUUUAUAUUUGUGAGAAUCUUCCCAUUGGCCACGGUGAAAGCUCUAGUGGUGUUCUCCUCUGUGCUGUUCUAUCUAUGUAGAAAUGAAAGAGAAAAGGAAAACUUUAGGAUCACAGUCUCCUGUCAAUAUUCUGGAUGUUCUUCCUGUAUAUUACACGUGGAUGUGGACAUGGGUGACUUGUUCCAUUCAGCUUUUGUACCUGCACAUUUUCACCCCUCCCUGGGUAGGACAAGGGUUUGAUCAGCGUGCAGCUGCUAUUUUUUUUUUUUUCAUGUUGCCAGUAAUUCUGAGUGAGGAAUAAUGCAGCACAUCACAUUCAGGUAAACAGGUAGCAAAACCAUUUUAAUAGUCUGAAAUCUGUUUGCAUUGUCCCUGUUCCUUGGUUCUGUCAGUCCAAAAUACCUGUGAACUCCUCAUUUCUGCUUUUUAACAAGCAACUUUUUCACUUUUUAUUUUUUUGCCCCCCCGCCCCUUUUUUACUAAGUUAAAGUAGGUUUGAGAUUUCAGCAAGGAAUCUGCAAAAUGAACUUUUCUUAUGCUCUGUGAUGUGUGAGGAUAGCAGCGUGUCAAAUGAAAGGUCAAAUGUCAGGCACAGUGACUGAAGGGGCAAUCUGGGGCUGACCAGGCUUCAAGCCUUACUCUUUCCUUGUUUUGUGACACUCAUCCUUGAUUUUAUAUUUAAUUCUUGAAUAUAUAAAUAUCUCAUAAAAGUACUGUUGAGAGAAACGCCUGCAAUGUCUGAUCACUGUAACAACUCAUUUUAAACGUGUGCUUUCACUGAUAUCCUCUCCCCAAGCUUGCCCAGAGAAUCACUCCCAUCUCUCCAGAUCCUGAUAAAAUUUAUUUCACUGGUGUCUUUUUGCCAGUAAACCUUUGUGUCGUGUCACUGCUUUGAAUCCAUUGGGACCUUUCUUUCUGCUGAAAGGAAUCAACACCUCAACCACCAAAGCUGGAUUAUUGGGAGCCCUUGUGUGGUGUUUCCGUGUCAAUAUUCCUAAUUUAAACCUGCUGAAGGAUAAACUGAUGGGAAUGGAGGAUCUCUAGCUGAUAUAAAAGAUGUGUGAAUCAAGCACAGGCCUGUGACCCUUAACUCUGCUUCUGCCUUCCAGGUUGUCAGAAAUACGCCAUAAAAAUCCCCCCACACUGGUCAGGACUGUGGUUUUAUGGAUUUGGGGGUGUUUUGUGUGAUACUGAGCCCACAGGAGCUUAGCUGUAAGAAAAAAGGAGGUUUAUUGUUUAGAGAGGGUUUUGUAAUUGAGUGAGCCUGGUUUUGCUUUUUUACAAUGUACAGAGAAGCCUUGGAGAGUGCUGGUAUUAUCAGGAAUUCUUUCCAGCUUUGGGCUUCCUUAGUUACCCGAGCCGGGGACUUGGUAAUUAAAAAUGAACUCUGAAUUUUAAGUCAAUGCUUUUUCCUCAGCAUUUUAACUUCCAUCUAUUUGAUCGAGAGAUUGCAAAGAGAAUUUUGUUCCAAUUUCCCUCCUCUUUGUGUUCAGCUGUUCAAUCCUUCGCUGAUGUGAUUUGUCACUCACCUCCCAGCUAUCAUCACCUACAAGAAUUCGAUGCAGAAAUUGAUGUUUGAUAGGGAGACUGGACCUAUGUCUUUCACUAAAAUGUGUUUAUGUUGAAAAUGGCAAAAAAAAAGAGGAGAAUGUUGGCUUUGGCUCUUGCUGGAGGAUCUGAAUUUUAGGUGAUUUGUUGUAGUGCCACACUAGUCCUUCUUGUAGGAAGUUUUUGCUGUUUGGAAAAGGUGGAUUUUUGAUGAACAGUUCUUCAGGCUGACUGAACACCGGUGUUGAGGGUGAAAUUUUAAAGCAAAGGUGGCUUUGUGUUUCUUGUUAAAACGAUGGCUGAUGCACUUAACAGAGGGAAAAGGACACAAAAACACCCCUGUUUUCAGUUCAAGAUGACACAAUGAGAAAAGAACGGAACUUUUCUUUUAAAACAGCUGUUCUGUUCUAAAUAAAAGUGGCCUGAAAUCACUCCAGCCUCUCCGGUGUUCCUGGAAAAGGCAGAAUCCAGGGCAGGGCCAGUGCUCCCUGGGGCUGUGCCCAGCCGGGGCCACACGGGGGUCCUUGCCCGAGACUGUCACCUGUCCCUGCCCUGAGGUGGUGCCUAAACCUGGUUUAGGUUUUUUGGGGGUUUGGGGGCCGGGCUUUGAGCGAUCGCCCGCCCCGUUCCCUCACGGCCCACACGGGAGGAAACGGAAGGCUCGGCGCCCCCCCGCCUGCGGAGCAGUGGCACAGCCCGCCCCGCCGCGGGGUGGUACGGCCCAAGGCUUUAUAAGCGGCCGCCGAAAGCAAUCGCGCCCUUUCGUCCUGCGCUCUUGGAGCUGCUGAGGCCACCAUGGAGGCGGCAGCGGCACCGCCACCCCGCCGGCAGCGCCGGGACCCCGCCGGGACCGCGGAAAGCCCUCCCCGCAAAAAGAUGUCUUGAAGUAAAGAGAAGUGCCGUCAGAUGCGAGAACUGACGAUACCCUGCUUCUGGUCUGAAAUGCAGCUACACACACAGCUCAAAGCUCCACAUUCAUCCUCUAGAGCCAGCAGGCAGCUUGCUGUCCGUGAAACCUCUCACCUUCUCGUGCUUCUGUCCCACUUCUCUGCAGGGCUGGGCUUGCCCCUGGGUGUGGCACAGGAGCAGCUGGCGAGGUGGCCCUGAUGUGAAGGUAGAGCCUGCAGGUCUGUGCUGCCACGUGCUGGUGGCUGAUGUCCCCUCACUGAUGGGACAGCUCUUCCCAAGUCCUGUGGAGGGCACUGAGACAGCAGAGCAGGAGAACCUGCUGGGUGGUGCUGCUGGGAACGUCUCUGAGGCAGAAGGACUCCAACAAAACGCCUGGGCUUGAGGAGUUUGUGUAGACACAUUUUCUGCCUGUUACAAAGUGGAGGAAGAGCUGCUCAUUUUCCAUCUCUCCUUCAUCUCAGAGCAGUGAGGUGCAGAGGAGCUGCUGUUUUCCAGCAUUGGUAUCAUGCAACAGAAGUGUCACAGGUCUCUGCUCCUGGAUGCCAAACGCCAUGGAGAACAUCCAACCCUCAGGUAACCAGGGGUUAAAUCUGCCACAGCCUCACAGAGCCUCCACAUUCCCAAAAGCUGUCCCAAAUAUUUCCUUUUCCUGCUAUUUUCAAGGUGAUUUCUCAUGAUUUCACAUCAGAGGGUGAAAGGAGUUCAGGCUCAGUCCAGCUGUCACCAGCAGAAAGGACAAGUGGCAAAGAGAAGAAUGGGCUGGACCUAAGGAAAAACACCUGGAAAACCCAGGAGAAGUGAGAAAAGAACAGCUCCUGGCUCUUUCCAGGUGCCAGCACUGGGGGAUUUGCACCAGUGAGGGCUGGGAGCUGUGAAACAAAAAAUGGGGUUAGAAAGUGCAGAAAAUGCCACGUUGGCUCAGCCCGGUGAGGACACUUGGGGUUUCUCUGAGCAGCAACAGGGUCAAAAAAUACACAAAUUUAGGCCCAGAUUGACCCCAUUUAAUUCCAUUUAAACUGAGCUGCUUGACCCUAAUUUCUUCCCCUGCUUCGUGCAGGGGCAUUUACAAGAAUUGUGUGUAAAAAAAAAAA